AUGGGCAUCAAAAGGUCAAUAACUUUGAUAGUGGAGUUGGAUAAGAUAAGAUACAUUCUUUCCCUGACGAAUUUGACAAAGUACAGCACCUGGUAUCUUGUUUACGACGAUGUCGUAUCACCUUGGACAUGGCAGAGUGCUCUAGAGCAAGAUAUGUUUACAAGAUUUGGAAAUUUGAGUAUGGGCAAAGAAAUGGGAAAUAACAACACUUCUGCUAUCAAAGAGGAAGAUAACACAAGUGAAGUUGAUAAUAAGAAACUCGUAGAAGAUACUAGUGAACAUGCAAAUCAGAUGUUGCGAGAAGAAAAUAAGAAGGUACCAACAUCAUCUUUAACCAAAGAUAUACAACAAGAUGUUCAUGAUGCCGAUGGUGAUGUAAAAGGGAAGAAAACUCAAACCAUUUCAAUAGCUGAAGCCAAUGUUGCUUAUGAAAUAAAUUUGAAAAAUCAAAUGCAUCCAAAAGCUGAAGUGAAAAAUGUUAAGGAGAAAGCAACUACUGAACUUGGACAAGUUGUGAUGCAAGAAGAAAUUCGCGGAGGCGGUGUGGAAGAGAAAACUAAAUCGAUUUCAACGGCUAUAUUUGCAAAUGGUGGUUAUGAAACAAGGGAUAGUGUAACAAGGCUAAGUACUGAAUCAAACCCUGAUAAUCUAAACAUCACUUCUCAGAUGCAAAAAUCACCAAGUUUCAAUCUCAACCUCCGAACUGAAUCAAGGGGAGAAGAAUCGGUUGAAAUUCCGUUGCUUUGUAAGUCCGCAAGCGAUAGCUUGUCAAACAAGUUAAGUCAAAAUCUCAGUAACUCAAUGCCUCAUGAUGAAUAUGAUCACAUUGAAGAGAAAAUAGUUACUAUGGAAAGAAGUUACUCAGAGAUGUCAAACUCUUCAUUCAUCAGUUUUCCGAAAGAAGAAGCAGCAGCUGAUCUUCUAGUCAUGGAACACACACAAGAUAACAAUGCUGGUUCAAAGAUGGAAGUGUUGUCAUCUACUUCACCUAAAGGAAAAGAAAAGGGCAAGUCUAUGUCUUACUUCUUCACUAGCUGCAUGUGUUGUGCAACUUUGCCAAAUUAA